GUUAUGCAGACACUGUCAGCCAAACAAUUGGAACGUAAAGAACGUAAGAAACAAAAAUUGGCCGCUUUGGCAAACUUAAUCAAGUCGAACGAUAAAGACAGGAAGGAACAAGUGGAGGAAAAGGAGGACGAUACAAUGGCUAAGGCAGAUAAGGAUAAUGAGGUGAUAAAUGACCAGCCGGAGGGUGACAAUGAUGGUUUCACAAAGGUAACAAAUAAAAAGAGCAAAAAGAAAUCCAAGUCAAAUAGUGAUGAGGAACCGGCAGUUAAGAAAUCAAAACAAGAAAACGGAGACAAUGAAAAUGGACAAAUGGAAAAUGUACAACUUACUGAAGAUCAGUAUAAACAAAUACAAAAGGAACUGCGUGAAAGAAAACGCGCAUUGGAAAGUGUUCCAUAUCUGAGAAUGCGUGAAUCUGGCGAAAAGGCUCUACUAUGUUAUAAAGACACAGAAAGACGUCCAAUAUUCCUAACAGAUAUUCAGCAUUUAGUAAUGUCAGCUUUACUGGGUAAAAAAUCACCAUGUAAACCAGAUCGUUGGUGUUUUUUCGACAAACCAGAACAAGUAUCACACACUGUUGUCCUGUGCCUCGAUGGCCUUUCGCUGUUCCACUAUCUCUCCAACAAGAGUAAAUUUGAGAAAAUCGAUAAUAUUUUCGAUAUAGGUUUAGAUGUCCUUAUGCCACCCAACACAAAAGAAGACGGUUUCCUUAUGGCAGAGGAAUUGGUGCAAGUACCAAUGACAAAUGUACAAGCGUAUAACCUUAUAACGAAAUAUGGCUCUCUGGAAGCGGCCAUAGCAUUGAAGAAAGAUCCAACAUUGAUACUGAAAUCUAUAUUUCCAGUGGAGAACUCUAAAGACGACAAAGAAUCAGACGAUGUCCAUCCAGAGGAUAAAUUUCCCAGAACUAAGCUGCUCUUAUCAGCUUUGCAAAUGGUCGAAGAAGGUUACCCAAUGCCCAUGAAAGGAGAGCUUAGAAAGCAAUACAAUUCAUACGUACUUACUAGUGAAAAAUAUGCUCCCGUUACCAAUCGUAGCCCACUUUUCGGUGUGGAUUGUGAAAUGUGUCACACAACAAGUGGCGUAAACGAAUUGACUCGAAUUUCCAUAGUAGAUGAAAACUGUCAAACUGUCUAUGAGUCGAUGGUGCGCCCAGACAAUAAAAUCAUCGAUUAUUUGACUCAAUUUUCUGGCAUUACAGAGGAAAUGAUGAGGAGUGUGACAAAGAAACUGUCACAAGUGCAAAAAGAAGUCCGAGAAGUACUUCCAAAUGAUGCCAUCUUAGUGGGCCAUUCUCUGAAUUUCGAUUUGAAUGCCAUGAAAAUGAUGCAUCCCUAUAUUAUUGACACAAGUGUCUGCUUCAAUAUAACAGGCGGCAGGGCAAAAUCAAAGUUGAAGACACUUGCUCUGGAGUUCUUAAAGGAAAAUAUUCAGGCCAAUGUUGCCGGUCACGAUUCCACUGAAGAUUCAAUUUCCUGUGUUAAACUGGUCAAACUGAAGUUGAAAAACAGUCUGGAAUAUGGUGAUGAGAUUUUAUUGCAAAAGAAGAGAUUGCAAGAGAUAAUGUUGGCUGCCAGUGGUGAAGCUGUAAGGAACAACAUGUUGGCUCAUGCCUCGAAACGAGACAAACGAACGGCCAUAAUAACAAGUAAACCCCUACCAAAUAUUGUACAAGAUUUACUUCAAAAAGCCGAAGAAGCCUUCCCCAACGAAUCGGGCAAAGUUGUAGCGGUUAAUGAGGUUGGGUCGAACAAAGAAGCAGUACGCAAAUGUAAGGAAAUCUUAUUGGAAAAUGCCCUAACCAUAUGUAAUCUGAAAAUUGCACAAGAAGAGUUGCUUGCGGCUACAUUUGAAGAUACCAUUGAAAAGGUGAACAAAUGGGUUUCUAAAAUCUACAAAUCCAUGGCACACAAAGGACUGCUUAUACUUCUAAUGGGUGGAGCUAAGGAUUGUUCUUCCGGUGUGGCGAAAAUUUGUAUAAAGAAAAAUAAAGCUGAAGUUGCUGCCGAACAUGAGUUGUCUGUUUAA